AUGCCUGCAAAAACACCAGACUACUACUCUAUUCUCGGCGUCAGCCCGUCUGCCACGGCCGAUGAAAUCCGCACAGCUUACAUGAAGAAGGCUGUUAAAGUCCAUCCUGAUAGAAACACGUCGCCCACGGCAACUCAAGACUUUCAGCAACUUGCCGACGCGUACUACACACUCAGCGACCGCACACGCCGGGCCGCCUACGACAGCGCUCGUCCCACUGCUGCGCCACAUGCCGAUGCCGACAAUGUCUUUGGCGACGUCUUUGAGGACCUCCUGCGGCCUGAAGUCCAGGGAGACUCGUCGUUGUGGGGGAUUCUUGGGCUUAUUAGCGGGGCUGCUUUGGGAUUUAUCCUGGGCAACGUUCCUGGCGCCCUUGUCGGGGGCUUUGCCGGCAAGAAGCUAGGCGCGGUCAGAGACAAUACUGGGCGCCCAGUGUACGAUUCGUUUAAGGAGCUACCGCAUGCUCGGAAACUGCAGGUCCUGAGUGCUAUUGCCGCCCAUGUUCUUGGCGGAGCUGCUGGCAGACCAAAAUAA